AUGAAGGAAUCUCGCAAGCUGCUUUUUGACGCCGAGAGAUAUCAUGAUAGUCGAGAGAUUAAAGACGGCGUAGAAGAGCCUGUUAAAGUUGCCCUCAUUAAUGAUGGUGUGGAUGCGAAAGACCUGGAGGACUCGUUUAUUGGUGGACGGACCUUCUGCACUCGUGAUGAGGAAUAUAAUCUCAACGACUUAUAUUAUGUGUCAAGUACGAGUAACGGAACUAUCAUGGCGAAGCGAAUUCAUCUUUUGUGCCCCGGCGCAAAGUUCUUCGUAUUGAGGCUGGAAUAUUACUAUUCCGAGGAGGCUGGCUGUCAAAUCACUGCUAGGAGCGCAGCUCAGGCCAUCUUGGCGGCCAUGAGAAAGAGUGUUCACAUUAUUUCCAUGUCCUGGACGAUCGACCCGCCAGAGGAUGAAAACGAAAGGCGGUGUCGCGAGGCCGCUAUCGUGAAGGCGGUCGAUGAGAAUAAACUCGUGUUUUUCUCAGCUAGUGAUAAGGGUGCUAAGCAGAAUGAAACCUACCCGGCUAAAGUAACGAGCAGGAUCUUUACCAUAGGUGCAGCCACUGCCUCUGGAGCUGCAGAUGAGUGGGUUGGCAAUCUUGAUAUCAAGCUACCUUUCCUCUCAGCAGGGUCAAGCUAG